AUGAGACGCCUAGCUUAUACAAACCAGGCGCUUCGCCGGACAGUUUGCUCAACUCAUACCAAGAGCCUCAACGGGAUAAAAUACGUAUCCACCACCACAAUGAGUCCUAGCCGUAGUUUUCCGGCCCUGUUCGUCCGAGGCGGGACAUCUAACGGCCUAAUCGUCCAGCGUCAACAUCUUCCGUUGCAGGAUCAAUGGCACACGGUCCUCCCCGCGGCUAUGGGCGCACCGGAUCCGUACGGUAGACAGUUAAAUGGGAUGGGCGGGGGCAUAUCGUCGACGUCGAAGAUAUGCGUUUUAGCGCCGUCGACGCGGCCCGAUGCCGAUGUGGAGUUUACGUUUGUGCAGGUUGGGAUUGGGGAUGGGAAGCUGGAUCUUGCGGGUAAUUGUGGCAAUAUGUCGUCGGCGGUUGGGCCGGUGGCUUGGGAUGAGGGGUUGGUUGGGGAGCGGGGGGAGAAAGUUAUGGAGGGGGAGGGAGGGUGUAUGGAGGCGAUGGUCAGAGUGUUUAAUACGAAUACUUCCAAGAUCAUACAUUCGCGAUUUAGAGUUGCUGGGGAUCCGCCGUUAUACUACCCCGAGGGCGAUUAUGAGAUGGACGGUGUUCCGGGGACGCAGUCUAGAAUUACCCUAAGUUUCCUAGAUCCUUCUGGGGCGAAGACGGGGAAGGCAUUGCCGACGGGGAAUGUGGUUGAUACAUUGACACUGCCGGAUGGAAGUGCUAUUGAGGCUUCGUUGGUUGAUGUAUCGAAUCCGGGAGUGUUCGUCCGAAUAGAUGAUCUAGGAAUUAAAGAUGCCAACCCGGAUACUUUCACCCCUCAAGUAGUUGAGUCUGACCCGAUACUCAAAGCUAGGUUAGAGGCCAUCAGACAAGCCGGCGCAGCAAAGAUGGGACUAGAUCCAAAAACAGAAAGCGUGCCUAAGAUCAUCCUCCUCUUCUCGGACUUAGGCUCGGCGGAUGUCGAUAUCAGAUGUUUAGCAUUGUCGAUGGGUCAGGCGCAUAAGGCUGUACCCUUAACGCUGGCUUUAUGUUUAGGAGCUGCUGCGAAUAUGCCUGGGACUCUGCCCGCACAGGUCCGUAGGACAAAAGGAAAGAAAAGUAACCUUGGGCCGGUUGUUAUUGGGCAUCCUAGUGGAACGGUCGAGAUCGGGACAACGACAGAGAAUGGCCGGAUCAUCUCGGCGGAUUUGCUUCGUACUGCGAGAGUUCUUAUGAAGGGACAGGUUUAUUAUUAA